GUCUCACCUGUUUCGAGUUCUUCGUAACAUUGACAACACACUGAAGACAAUCAAUAGAGACGUCGAGGAAAAGAAUAACGAUGGGAGUAAUCGUAUUCGUAACAUACGUCCGAAAACGGAUCCACAAGCCUCUGUCGUCUGGCAAUCAAGAUCUUGGUGUGGCACUAGCGUUGUAUGGUGUAUACCCAGCAAUUUUGUGGCUGCUGAUCGAUAAAUUUCAUGGUAUAUGUGGUCUUGAAACUUAUAUCAGCAAACAAGAGGCCAUACUCGCAAAUAAGUCUUUGUUCUUGUAAGUGAAUCUUUGGUUUCGGGAUAGCUUCUUUCCGCUUUUCUAAUGCCCCUAAAGCUAGUACUGCCAUUCCGGUUGUCUCGUACUGUGCUAACAAUUCGCUCCUUUUGCAAACGCACAGAUGGUUCACGGCACUUAUGCGAACCUACAAGUUGGCGACGAUAACUCUCUAUCAGGCCGAGGCAUAUGACAAACAAGAGGACCCGGAAGAAGAGUGUCUAGUGGUGCAAGAUGGAGAAGCGGACGAAGAAACAUUUUGUACGAGGCAGAAAUGCAGGGUGUGGUUCAUUCUCAGUCAAGAACUGACGGCAAUAUUGUGUGUGGCAUUUUUGUUGUUGCUCUGUCUUCCCACUCUUGCAUUUUGGUUCAUGUUUAUAAGUAUUUUGGUUUCGAUACGCAACAUCUAUUUGCUAUUACAGCGGCUAUGGAAGGAUGCACACUCAGUGACGAGUCUCGAUGACGUCCCAAUAGUUGACGAAACGAACGAUGGCUCCGAGAUCGAGUUUGAAAAUUUCCUAGACAAUUUCGCAGAUGAGGACAAUGAAUUCGAUGAAUUUGUAAACAAUUUCGCAAACGAUGACAACGAAUUUGAAGAAAAAUGAAUCUUUUGACGCCAUUAUUUUGGAAGAACGAAGUGGAUAGCUUUCGUGCAUCGGGGGUCAUCAGUAUUGACCACAUAAUCGGAGGAAUGGAUUUAUUGGACAGCAAAAUAUCGGUCUGAUGGAUAUGCUCUCCGAGAAUCGUUGAUAAAUAGCAAGCUUGGCAGUAAUUAUCACACAAAGCGCUCAGUGCGAAUUCCCUUUUCAUCAAACCUCUUCCUUUUCUCGAACCCAUAUUUGGAGUAUGUUUCUUCUAUUCGAGAGAGGAUGAUCAACGAAAAAUGCACAUUCCUAUACAAUACAAUGAAACUUGAUAGUGACUAUUCACGAGAACAUUGAAAUUGAAUAGAUUCAUUUGAUGAGGAGGUGAUAUCUCUGCCAGUUUUUGGGGGCAACUAUUACUUGCAGAGUUCUUUGGCUUGAAGUUCUCAGUUUGAGUGAUGUUAUUGAUGAAUAUUUAAAAAUUUGGAGUCACAGCAUGAUGCACAAGAAGAAACUGUGAUGAGUAAUGAUAAUGAUUAUGAAGUGACCCAGUAUUGGUCAUUCCAUAGUUUAAGACCAGUCAUAUUGACAGGAGUUUUGUUUUGCUUCAUUUAUGUUCCUCCUAUAGCAGUGCAACCUACUUCACACACUGAAACGACAGCAAGAGUUGCUCUGGAACUACCUAAAAUGACUAGUACUACGGUAUUAGCUUUGUGCAAGCAAUUUGAAGAAUAUUCAUUCAAACAGGAGAGCCCUUUUAUUAUAUUUGUGAUAUUACAGUUUGAAGGGGUUCCACCAGCAGAGAUGAAUGAAAUUGAUUUUCGCACAUGAUAGCCACAAUUGAAGAGGUCAUCAUGCACUAUCACCAGACAACUUCAAAUUGAAAAUCAACCAAUUAAUAAUAAGACUUCCUCGAGAUGUGACCCAAAAUCUCUUAGUAGUAGGUAUGCAGGCAAGACCCUGCUCAAAUGAUAGUGUGAUAUUUGUACGAAGUACAACAGUGAAGAAGGCACUUCAAGUGAGGGUAGGAUUUUACAUUGAAGCAAAAAACACAGUACUCAUUUCUAUAGCCUACGAUGCAAACAUUCGGAAUGUUAAAUUAACAUUUGGAACUUCA